CCUCGUCCAAUCAUGGAAAUCACACUGGUCGUUGUAAGCAUCGUGCUUCUUAGUUGUGGUCAAAUGGUCGUGUCAAAUCCCGAGUUCAUCGUUGAAGUGCUUGCCGAAACGGGGUUUUGUGCGUCUGGAAUAAAAGACAGCGUAAAGACGGCCCGAUAUCAGUGUUUGAGGGACAGCUGCCCACCAGAGGUGAAAGCUAUUGAAGAGAACUGUACUCAAAAGAUAUUUCCUGGUCUUGAAGGUGCUGCUCUUGUAAAUAAGAAAUGUCAGGACUGCGCAGCUGAACGAGAGUUCAAGCUGUGCCUCAUGAUGAACAUGCCUGAUGACGACGAUUCUUCAGGCCCCGAACAAGGAAUGAUGCCAAGAGAGAAGAAAACAGUUCAUGAAUACAUAAUAGGGAGUAUGACGAAAUGCUUCCUUCAAAAUCCGAUCUAAAUGAGAGAAAGAGGGCGACAAAGGCUAGCCUCGAACCCAGGAUUUGGGAGAUUACAGGCUGUAGAGACCUCCUGAAAACAACCAACUGAAAUCUUUAGAAAUCAUAUACUAAAAAUACUUGUUUUUUUUCUUUCUUUACGCUGUAAAGUCUCUCUUUUU